AUGGAAACAGUAGGAAGUAUUCAUGAAAUUAUACUGACGACUUUGGGUUUAGAGAUAAAAAUGUGGAAGACUUAUAAAAGGCGAAGGAUUGUACAGCAUGUCAGAAAUUUUGUCCAAAAUGAAAAAAAAAAGUUGAUGUUUACAUGUGAAGGUCAAAUAGAUCAGAGAUCAGUACAAUUUACGACGUCAUGGUUUUCUUUGAAAGAUAUAUCCCAACUCAACUUAGAUAGAGUUGGUGAGAGAAAAGUAGGCGCGGACGUGUAUUUUGGUCCCUCGUUACCAUCAAAAACUUCAAACAUAAAUAAGGCACUUUAUAUUCAACCAUUUUUAUACAAGAAACCGAAUGAUAAAUCUUAA